UUCUCUGGCUCCGGGCUGGCGGGGGCGGGCUCACUCGGGAAGGGGCUUGACAGGCGUCGAGGGCUGGACCCCAGAGGGGCAGGGAACAGGGGAGGGUCGUGGUCACACCUGGGCCGAGGACCGAUGCCUCCUGCAGGGGCUAACCUAUUGCCAUUCUCGCUGUCGCCCCUGCGACCCCGGCCAGUGCAGAGAGGGGCACCCCUCGGGGGCGUCGGUCCAAACGUAGGGGCGCCGGGAGCAGCGGGCGCCCUCUGUCCCAGAGUCCGGGACCCGGUUUCUCUGCUGGGUGGGCGGCAAAGUCACCCAUCAGAGGACUUCUCUCCUACUACUCAGGCCCCAAACCCGAGGUUACCCUGGGAUUCUAGCCUGGCCUGGCCACUGAGCACAGCCACUUCCUCGGGUGGGACAGCCCCAGACUCCAGGCUCAGCCCGGUUCCCCUCCCUCUCCGCGACCGCGACCGGACCUCGGCCUACUGGAGACCCCCGGAUGGCCUCCCUGUCCCGUCCAGCGCUGACCUGCAAAUGCGUCCCUCCCUACCGGCCCUUUGCCCGGGUUCCCAUGUGCCUGGAGCCAGCUUUAGGCCCUACCGGCUGCCGCUGGACCAGCGCUAAGCCUUUCCCUUGGGCGCCUGCGCGGGUCCCGGGCAACAGCGACACAGCCUGGAGCAGCAUGCUCAAGGCGUGGGGCCUCUGGUGAAAGGAACCGGGGUGGUGGGUGCCAAUGCGUCCCAAGAACAGCAACAGGAGGCCCGCCGACUGGACUUGGGAGAGAACCGCAAUGGGUGGGGUGCAUCUGGAGGCUUGGUGGACGGAGGCAGCUAUGCAAAGGCCCUGAGGUUGAACUGGCCCUGCCGCCUUCAUGAAGAGUGGCUCCCAGGAUGAGAAAGGGGUGCCUUGUGAGGCCCCUCCUAGCAGCCAGAAAAUGCAGCCCACUGCCACCAUGGCCACCUCUGCCCCCACCACCGCCACAGUUGCCAUGACGACAUCAUGGGACAACACCACCAGCCGCCCCACGGCUCAGUCCGACCCCAUCCUGGACAACUACGCUCUGCUGGUGGUGGUCCUGUCGCUGUUCGUGGGGGGCACGCUGGUGGUGCUGUCCGGAGUCCUGCUGCUCUGUAAGCGCUGCUGGGAGGUCCAGCGCAUGCACAGAGCCAUGGAGGAAGGGGAGAAGACCACCACCUACCUGGACAGUGGCACCCAUCCGCCUCAAGACCCCGAGUUCAGGGGCGAGGACCCCGAGGGCCAGGAUGCAGAGACUGACCGCUUCCUGUCCGCCGGCUCCACUGGCCGCCGCGUCUCCUUCAACGAGGCCGCCCUGUUCGAGCAGAGCCGCAAGGCCCAGGACAAGGGCCGCAGGUGGGGCGGCACCAUCCACGAGUGUGACGCAGGCGAGGCCAGCUCGGCCCCCCCGCCCCGCGUGCCCGCCGCCCCCAAGGCCAGCCUCGCCAUCUUCCAGCCCCCGGGGGAGGCCCUCACCGGCCGCUCCGUGGGCCCCAGCUCCGCCCUGCCAGGUGACCCCUACAACUCGGCCGCGGGCGCCCCUGACUUCGUGGAGAUCAGCCCCUCGGCAUCCAGCGACUCUGGGGACGGCACUUCGCCGGACCCAGGGGCCAGGAGCAGCAAGGCAAGUGGGCCCAGGGCCACAGUGGCGCCCGGGGAGGCGGGCCCCGGCUCCGGGACGGGCACAGUGCUGCAAUUCUUCUCACGCCUGCGCCGCCACGCCAGCCUGGAUGGGGCCAGCCCCUACUUCAAGGUCAAGAAGUGGAAGCUGGAGCCCAGCCAACGGGCGUCCAGUCUGGACACACGAGGCUCCCCCAAGCGGCACCACUUCCAGCGGCAGCGGGCAGCUAGCGAGAGCAUGGAGCAGGAGGGCGGUGCCGCCCCCAACACCGACCUUAUCCAGUACAUCGCGGGCGCCGGCGACGCUGUGGCCUUCCCAUCCCCCCGCCCCUUCCUGGCCAGCCCCACCAGCCCGCCCCCCACUCUCGGCAGGCUAGAGGCUGAUGAGGCGGGAGAAGCCAGCCCCGAGUCUCCCGCGGAGCGCGGCGGCGGCAGUGUGGGGUCUGAGCAGCCAGAGCCGGAAGCGGAGCCGGACGCCGAGCGGGACGCGGGCCCCGAGCAGGCCCAGACCAGCUACCGCGACCUGUAGAGCCUGCGCCUGGGGGCCGGCCUGGAAGAGAGACUCUUCCCGCCGCGCCUGGCCGAGCCCGUGGUCGCGGCCCCUGCGCUGGUCGCUGCUGCGCCCACGUCCCCCGACCACAGCCCGGUCUAA